AUGAAUAGAAGUUUUCAUUUCCUCAGGAAACAUUUCCGCCCACUCAGAAAUUUCAGCAGUAAAGUUGAAAUCAAUGAAAAUGAACCAAUCAAAUUUACAACAAGUGCUGCAGCAAGAAAAACAGCAUUACCCGUUUUCAGAAAGCCUAUAGCAAAUAUGCCUUGGUACCAACCAUAUAGCGUUGUAGGUAGUGUUGCAGUAUUUCUUAUUUAUUUCUGUAUAUUAAGAGAAGAAAGUGAUAUAGAUCAAGAAUUCGACAAAACUCUUUAUGACAGAAUCAAAGGUCUUGAGAAGCAGCAACUCAUACAGUCUUACAAAUUCAAUAAAGAACAUGGUAAAAGUGUUGAGGAUAUAGAGAGGAGACUUAAGGAAUUAGAAGUGUUAGAGGCAAAACAACUUGUUUAG